AUGAAAGCCUCUCAAUAUGCCGUCGGGGAUGACGCCCAGGAACGACAGCCAGAUAUUUCCGUCCCUGACCACUCGCGGCCGGCUUCAAGCCAUCCCCCAUUAAUCCAUGAACUUCGCCGAUAUCCGAAAAUAGUCGUCUAUGCCUUCGGCCUGGCCCUAGCCUUCCUCCUCACAGGUUACGAUACAGUCAUCCUCGGAACAAUCACUGCCGUACCAUACUUCAAAAAACAAUUCGGCGAGCUUUACAAUGGGUCAUACAUCAUUCCUUCAUCAUGGCUGUCAAUAUGGAGCGCAAUGGGUCCCAUUGGAUCGAUGCUGGGUGCAGCAGCAGCAGGAUGGCUACAAGAUCGUGUUGGACGUCGAUCAUCGCUAGGUUCUAGCUGUGUGAUAUGCGCCAUCGGAAUUGCCGUUGCCUUUUGUGCCGACCUGCCUGCAGCCAUGGAUUCUCGGCGCGGAACCUUUCUGGUUGGACGAUUUGUUCAAGGCUGGGGUGUUGGAGGUGCCAUGGCUGGAGCUCAGACAUAUUUGUCCGAAACGGUCCCGACAAGCCUGCGAGGCUCAGCAAUGGCCCUCUCUCCCACAUUCAUGUUGCUGGGAGAACUAAUCGGAGCGGCGGUGAUUUUCUCUUGUGAGAAGAAAACAUCCUCGGCCGCAUAUCUCCUCCCCUUCGGCACACAGUGGAUCUUCACUGCUCUGCCGUUUGUGUUGGCGUUGGUCCUCCCUGAAAGCCCGUCCUAUUUGAUCCGUAAAGGGAGAUACGAGAUGGCCCACAGCUCAAUGAAGGCGUUGCAUACCUCGCAGGUUGAUGUCACACCACUACUUGCUCAAAUGCGAUUAUCCAUCGCCAACGAGGAACAACUGUCACGCGAGCUGACGUAUCUGGACUGCUUAAAGGGGCCGAAUCGCCGAAGAACGAUGAUUGUUUCUUUUGCCUUCAUUGUCCCAAGUCUCUUUGGUGUUCCGCUCCUCGCUAGUGCUAGCUACUUCAUGCAGGUAGUUGGAAUGUCCUCGAGUUUGAGCAUCGUUGUGCUUAUUGUGGGAAUUGUAUUGGGGCUAUUGGCAAAUGCCGUGGGAGUCUGGCUCAUGAGUCGUGUGGGUAGACGCGUCUUGAUGCUAUUGACUCUAGCAGCCGCAACUGUCAUUUGGCUGAGCAUGGGAAUUUCAGGAUGUUGGAGUGGUAACGUUGUCGUGUGGUACACUGCCGCUUGCAUGAUGGCAGUCGUGGUAGUAUGUGGCUUGGGUGCCUGGCCAGCAUCAUUUGCUGUGGCCGGUGAAGCAUCAUCGCUUCGCCUUCGUGCGAAGACACAAGGCAUAGGUGUCCUAUGCUACAUGCUUGCUAACGUGGUAUUCAACCUUGUUUUACCAUAUAUAUACAACACAGAUGCUGGCGAUCUCAAGGGUAAAACAGGGUUUGUCUAUGCGGGAUUGUGUCUUUUCGCACUGGUGGUCACCUGGUUGAUUAUACCUGAAAUGAAGGGACGUACGGCGGUAGAGAUCGAUAAGAUGUUUGAAAUAGAUCUAUCCUGUCGCAAAUUCAAGGGAUGGGCAGAUGAGACAAUAAAUAUCAAAGAAGGCGCUGUAUGA